AUGGUGAAGGCAGGUCACAAGAUUCAGGACCACUGGGAGAAGCACCACAUCCGCAAGUUGGAUACUCUUACCACCAUCAGAAAGGUGAAAGGAUUCCGCCAAGGACAAAAGGUCAAACUUGCUGGACGUGCGGAAUGCGCCUUCAACGUUUUGGAGGCAUUUGUCUCAGCAGUGGGUAUGGGUGAUGACAUCAAUGCCAUCAUUCGCACUUGCCCUGCACCUCGUGACGGUGAGUCUGAGUUGGCUUGCCAGGUGAACGGUGCCAUCCUGGGUGCUUGGGUAGGAAACCUUGCUACAAAGCUGGCCUUGGCAACUUCCAAUUGUGCCCUGAGCAUCAACGUGGAUGCCAUUUGCUCUGCUGGCAUCACAGGCUUGGUGUCAGGCUUGGGAGAGAUUGCAGCUGGAGCUUCUUUGGGUGCGGCCACAUGUACCGGAACUCCGCCACAGUUGACCACCACCAAGAUCAGUGUCCUGGGAGAUCAGACUGUCCGAGAUGGCCGACGAUUGUUGAUCGGAGAAGGCACUGUCGGCAACGGUGUGCAGUGUGGUGUAGAUGUGGGCAUGGUGGCAGCCAACAUUGCAAACAUGGGUAUUGCCAUCAACAAGGCCGUGAAUGUGAACAAGUGCAAAGCGAGCACCUUCCGUUCACCAUUGAACGUGGUCAAGGGCCUCCAAGAGUCACUUUGCACCGUCGACAUUGGUGGUGCUGUGGCCUACAUCGGUCAGGUUGUUACCUUCAUCAAUCUCAUUGUGCUUCAUUGCCAGGACUUUCUGGAUAUCAACGCACUUUGUGCUGGCUCCAUUGCUGCGAUCACCACGGGUGCAGCGGCCAUUGCGCCCUACGGCGCAGCAGUGCACGCGGGCUGCGCCCUCAACCACUUCUUGAAGACACCCAAGAGUCAAACACAGCUUUCUAAAUUGUGGAAUUCCCCAGGCUAUGAUCCUGUGUCAGGCCUGCCACACCCUCCACGCUUGACGGAAGAGGAAGAGAUGGCCGCUAAGCAACCCUUGAAGGAAAGCUUGGCUCAGAUCGCAGCGAACCGUGAGACUUUGGAGCAGCUGAAGAAGGUGGUUGAUGUUCCCAAGCCGGGCAACACAGAGGCAGACAUUGAGACUCUCUUGAACCUCAUGGGCAGCGAGGACAAGCCGCGUGCUGCUUGCUCUCCCGAACUCUCUUAUUGGCUGCUGUGCGGCACCCUUCUGACGGUGAGCAUGACCGAUUUCAAUCGCGUGAAUGAUGUCAGCGACCCCGAGGUUGAUCAAUCGUUUCAUCCGAAGCGGUCCACGUUGAAGAGGAUGGCUGUCGCAGGGGCAGCUGCUAUGGUGGUUUGUGUGGGCAUUCUUGCCUUGUCGACGAAUGGCUUCAGCCGCAACUGCAGCAACAUUGCAGCUUUGCAGGAGAAGUCCGCUUUGGAUCUUGAUUCAGCCAUCCGCUCUACCAGUGAAAAGCUGAUUCAGGCAGUGAAGAACAACCAAACCGUGGCUGAUGAGACUGUGAUGAAGGCCAUGGUGAAGGCAGGUCACAAGAUUCAGGACCACUGGGAGAAGCACCACAUCCGCAAGUUGGAUACUCUUACCACCAUCAGAAAGGUGAAAGGAUUCCGCCAAGGACAAAAGGUCAAACUUGCUGGACGCGCGGAAUGCGCCUUCAACGUUUUGGAGGCAUUUGUCUCAGCAGUGGGUAUGGGUGAUGACAUCAAUGCCAUCAUUCGCACUUGCCCUGCACCUCGUGACGGUGAGUCUGAGUUGGCUUGCCAGGUGAACGGUGCCAUCCUGGGUGCUUGGGUAGGAAACCUUGCUACAAAGCUGGCCUUGGCAACUUCCAAUUGUGCCCUGAGCAUCAACGUGGAUGCCAUUUGCUCUGCUGGCAUCACAGGCUUGGUGUCAGGCUUGGGAGAGAUUGCAGCUGGAGCUUCUUUGGGUGCGGCCACAUGUACCGGAACUCCGCCACAGUUGACCACCACCAAGAUCAGUGUCCUGGGAGAUCAGACUGUCCGAGAUGGCCGACGAUUGUUGAUCGGAGAAGGCACUGUCGGCAACGGUGUGCAGUGUGGUGUAGAUGUGGGCAUGGUGGCAGCCAACAUUGCAAACAUGGGUAUUGCCAUCAACAAGGCCGUGAAUGUGAACAAGUGCAAAGCGAGCACCUUCCGUUCACCAUUGAACGUGGUCAAGGGCCUCCAAGAGUCACUUUGCACCGUCGACAUUGGUGGUGCUGUGGCCUACAUCGGUCAGGUUGUUACCUUCAUCAAUCUCAUUGUGCUUCAUUGCCAGGACUUUCUGGAUAUCAACGCACUUUGUGCUGGCUCCAUUGCUGCGAUCACCACGGGUGCAGCGGCCAUUGCGCCCUACGGCGCAGCAGUGCACGCGGGCUGCUCCCUCAACCAUUUCUUGAAGACACCCAAGAGUCAAACACAGCUUUCCAAAUUGUGGAAUUCCCCAGGCUAUGAUCCUGUGUCAGGCCUGCCACACCCUCGACGCUUGACGGAAGAGGAAGAGAUGGCCGCUAAGCAACCCUUGAAGGAAAGCUUGGCUCAGAUCGCAGCGAACCGUGAGACUUUGGAGCAGCUGAAGAAGGUGGUCGAUGUUCCCAAGCCGGGCAACACAGAGGCAGACAUUGAGACUCUCUUGAACCUCAUGGGCAGCGAGGACAAGCCGCGUGCUGCUUGGCCAUUUGAAUGCUAA